GCUGGGGCCUACUCCCCAGAGUCUUUGGAGCAGAUUGCAGACCUUUGGAGCCCUAUGUCGCUGGCCUCCCAGAACCCAGGACAUGGCAGAUGGGGCGCAGGCCAACCCCAAAGGCUUCAGGAGGAAGGUGCUGGUUAGACGCCCUUCUGGAUGGAGGGGUUCAAAUCUCAGGGCCUCUUUUUCUUUGAGGACCUCCAGGUCUAGCCUGGCUAUGAAGCUCUUCACCAUCACCAUCCUGGCCGGCAGCAUCUUGCCUGCAGCGCACAGCAGCCUGUUCAACCUGAAGUCCAUGGUGGAAGCCAUCACCGGGAAAAGUGCCAUCCUGUCCUUCGUGGGCUACGGCUGCUACUGCGGGCUGGGGGGUGGCGGCCAGCCCAUGGACGAAGUGGACUGGUGCUGCCACGCCCAUGACUGCUGCUACCAGAAGCUCUUCGACCAGGGCUGCCACACCUACGUGGACCACUAUCAAUACACCAUCGAGGAUAACACCACGAUUGUCUGCAGAGACCUCAACCAGACGGACUGCGACAGGCAGACCUGUGAGUGUGACAAGAGCGUGGCUCUGUGCUUCCAGAGGCAUAAGUACAACGAGAAGCAUCGCAACUACCUCAAUAUCUACUGCCAGGGCACCACCCCCAACUGCAGCAUCUACGAGCAGCCCAGGGGGCACCCUGUCUCCUCGGCACCCCCUGCACCCUGCAGCCCCACUUCCUUGGCACCCUCUGCACCCUGCAGCCCCACCUCCCGGGCACCCCCUGCACCCUACAACCCCACCUCCCGGGCACCCCCUGCACCCUGCCGCUCCACUCCCUCAGCACCCCCUGCACCCUGUGGGCCCACCUCCGCAGCACCCCCUGCACUGCCCUAGCAUCCUCCGGGCUCUGACAGAGAAAAGGGCGGCAGUUCCUGCUCUGAGAACCAGAUGCAUGCAGUCCGUAGAGGUGGGGAUGGAUCCAGAGCCUGUGGGCUGUGCUGCCACCUCCUCCCUGCAGCCCUCCAGCAAGGCUGGCCCCCAGAGGAUUCAAGAAGGCCUGGGCCCUGGCCGUGGCCACCCAGCUCCUCCAGUCCAGCCCUGGGCAUGGCUGUGCCAUGCUGUUGGUCCUGAACUUGGCAGGGAACGUGUGGCUAGUUGGGGUCACUUCUGAGUGUGGAAGACAAGGUCUGAGAGAAAGGACUCAGACCCCUGGGUCCCUGACAAACACAGGAGAAGACAGGGCCCAGCCCUCGGCCCCUUUCCCUGCGCCUCCCCUCAGGCAGCAGCUGGGCCAGUGGGUGGAAAGGCCUUAGACCCGGGCGAAGAAGGGCCGAAGGCUGGGACCCGCCUGGGUGAACAGGGACACGAAGGCCCAGGGGGGAAGCUGUGGGGAAGAUUCAGGAAGGCAGUAGGGAGGGAGCAGCCGGGGGAGGAGGGAGUGUGGAGA